AGAAAUUAUGCUGCUUUAAAAUGAGCUGCAGUAACCAUUGCAAAGUUUAGAAAAGAAUUACAAAAUGUAAACUUGUAUCAUGAAGAAAUCUCGGAUACCGGUAUGGAAUAGCUACGCCAAGAGGAGAGAGUGUUGGGAGCUUGCAGAAACCUGUCCCAUCAUGGAAAACACAUCCACAAAAUUCAGACCAGGGCCCGGAACAAGGACGGAUGCUCCGGUUAGACCUGAGAGCGGGAGAGGGUUCAAGGUCGGAGAUAGGGUUAAUGUCAAGGGGUUCGAGACAGGAAUCAUUAAAUAUAUCGGAGCAGUACAUUUUAAGGAUGGUGUAUGGUGUGGGGUUGAGUUGGAUCGGAAAGUUGGAAAACAUGGAGGAUCCGUGGAUGGUCGGAGGUAUUUCUCUUGUCCUCCUGGUUUUGGAAUUCUAGUUCCAGUUCACAAACUUACUCCAGGAAUGCAAGGGUCAGCUAGGCUGCAGCGAAAGAAUCCACCUGCUGGGCUUAAGCAACAACAUCAACCUACUACUGGACAGAAGCAACAGCAGCAACAACCAGCUGUUACGCGCAGGCAGAAGACAGCAACCACUAAUACAGUUUCUAUGCGGAAUAGAAGUUUGCAGCCAACAGCCUGGCGACCCUCAGAUCUAGGUGUUCCCAUCAGCACUGAACUAAACAAAACCUUUACAUUGGACUCUUUGAACUCUAUAAACUCUCCGGAUAUAGUGACCUCUUGUGACCUCAGAUCAGAUUUAUCUGAUCAAAGAUCAGAGACCUCUCAGGGGAGUAAACGGUCCUCAGGUGAUAUGGAGGAUAGUUUGGGUAUCCUCAGUCCAGGCCAGAUGAAGGAGUUUUCUAUUGACUCGAUGUCCCAGAGUUUGGUUUCUGUCUCUAGUUUAGUCAAAGAUCUAUCCUGGGAUGAUUUGAAUUCACAGACACAUACAGACAAUAGAAGAUGUAAUCCGGCAGUCUCCUCCUCCUCCUUAUCCACCACCUCUAUCACAAUGCUCAACAAAACCUUUAGCAUAGAUAAGACCAAGAGUAAGAUGAAUAGAACCCUGGAUCUAGAUGAAUUAGAACUAAAACUAGAACACAAGGAUGAAACUAGGAGCAAGCUAAAUAUAACAAUGGAUCUAGAUGAGAUAGAACUUAUCUCAACAUACAAGGUUAAGCCCAUGAGUAGACUAAACAAUACUCUAGAUCUAGAUGAAAAAGAACUUCCUUCAACAUACACGGAUAAGACCAGGAGUAGACUGAACACUACUCUAGAUCUAGAUGAACUAGAACUUACUUCAACAUACAAGGGUAAGACAAAGAAUAGGCUGAACACUACUCUAGAUCUAGAUGAACUAGAACUUACUUCAACAUACAUGGGUAAGACGAAGAAUAGGCUGAACACUACUCUAGAUGAACUAGAGGAUAUGGAGAAGUUUGAACCCUUUCAAGGAAGAGUGAAUAAGUAUGGUUGGAAGAAUGAAAGUGAAUUGAAGAAAAAUAUUGGAUUACCUGGAAGAGGAACGGACUGGUUGAGGGAAAGUGAAGAAUUACGAUUUGAUGGAUUUCAGGGGAAAAGAAACGAUCAUCAAAUCCGUCCCAGCAGUAACGAACGUAGUGGGAGCCAAGAGCGAGGACGUUUUUGUCUUGAUUCGUCUAAAUUAGAAGAAAUUGAAGCACUAGGUUCAAGUCCCAUUCAAUCAUGCUUCGAAAAUAGAUUGGACCAAACAAUUGAGAUAUAUUCAACUCCUUCACCUCUCCUAGAUGACUCCUUUGAAUCCUAUCACACACCCCCUGAGUCAGAUUUCCUUUCUAAGAUCCUGUUUCAGAGAACUCAAUCCUUACUCAGGUCUAGAACGAGAUCUAAUAAGAAGAAGAAUAGAAAGGAAUCUGUGACCGAUUCAAUUUACAAAUCCGUAGAAAAGUCUCCAAAAGUUUCCCUUGAGUCUUUAGAUGAAGGAUCCAAUUUAGUCAUUCAAUCCCUAGAAGAAGCCUCAGAUACAAUCUUAAAGCAUCAAAAUGAGUCUUCUAAAAGAAAACUUCAACCCCAAGAAGACUCCCCAAAUCGAUUUCUACAAGACAGCAAGAAGUUUGCAAAAAGUCUUGUCAAACCAAAAAUAGACUCCACAUGUAAAAACCAAGAAGACUCUUCGGAGCAAGGAUAUGAAUGCAAAGAAGACCUCAAAGAUCAAGAACAAAUCCCACAAGGCAACGAUGAAUUCUAUGAAAUGGCCUUUCCAAAGCAAAAAAGAUCCAUGGCUACAAUCCUGCAAGAGGGUGAUGAUUCCUUGGAUCAAAUCCUUCAACCCCUCGAGGAAUCCUUUGAACUAAUCCUACAACCUCAAGAUCAAAUCCCACAAGACCUAGAAGAAUCUUCUAGAUUGUUCCUUCAACCCGGAGAAACCCACAAAGGAGAGUGUGCUUUGACCAACAAAGAUCUAGACGCAUGUAUAGGUGAAAAUGUUGUUCCUGCUAAAGCCUUAAAACUUGGUGAACAUGAUAUAAGUGUCUUUCACAACAAUCCUGGAAAUAGUUUGAAUGAACCCACAAACCUCUCUGAUAAGGAAAAUAGUGCCUCUAAUCUUUAUAUCACACCUGAUCCUCUACCUUGGAACCAAAACAUAUCACAGACCGAAACCGCCAACCUGUACCAGCCAGUCAGGAAAUGCAGUGAGGAGUCUGAUACCGCUGGACUCUAUGGGAUAGAGUCUGAUAUUAAUGACGUGACGGCUACUAAACCCACCAGCCUCUAUGGUAUAGUGGAGGCCGUAAAGUCUAUGGAGGCCGUUGGUUUCUACUCUAGUUCUAGUAUAGAUAUAGAACAUCAGGGUGCAUGUAACCCUCAUGUAAACAGUGAUAGUACUAUUCAUGCUGUACAGUGUACGCCUGUACUAGACCAAGAAAAGUUGUACAAUUGUGAAUUUAAUUCUAGUAAUAUUAAUGUUUACAGUGUUUUAAGAAAUGAAAAGACAACCCCAGGAUUAAAUACUGACAGUGAGUGUCAAGCUACAUAUACCGGGUAUUCAACUGAAGGUAUAAUACAGGACGUAUGUACAGUAAAUGAAGAUGUAGUCAUAGAACCUUGUCAACUAAAGGAAGAUGUAGAACUAGAUCCUGGUCCAUUAAAUAAAGAAGUAUCUCUGGAACCUGGUCCACUAAAGGAAGAGUUAGCACUGGAACUUGGUCCACCUGGUCGACUUCAGGAAGAUGGAGCACUAGACCCUGGUCCACUAAAUGAAUAUGAAGCACUAGACCCUGGUCCUUUGAAGGGAGAUGUAGCAGUUGCCCCUGGUCUACUAGAGAAAGAUUUAGCACUGGUUCCUGGUCCACUGAAGAAAGAUGUUGUGUUAGACUCUGGCAAAAUAACGAAAAAAGUAGCACUUAAUCUUAGAACACCAAAUGAAGAAGUAGCACUGGAACUUGGUCCUCUGAAGAAAGAAGUAGCAGUGAAUCAUGGUUCAUUAAAGGAUGAAGUAGCAGUGGACCCUGCUCUUCUAAAGGAAGAAUUAGCACAAGAACCUGGUCCAUUAAAGGAGGAUGUAGCACUAGGUCCUUGUCUAGUAAAGGGAGAUUUAGCACGAGGUCCUUGUAUAGUAAAGGAAGAUGUAGCACUAGAACCUGGGCAAGUUAAAGAAGAUGAUGUGAAGCUUAAAGAAGAUAUUAAUAUUCCUUUAACUCCUGAGACCAGAAGAAGAUUGCGACCUUUUAACCGACUUCUAGAAAAACUACAGAUGUCUUCAGAUCCACUCCUCGACUCAACCUAUAGCCAGGGGAAGAAUUCUUUGUUUGAUUCCCAAUACUCUACGGGAGAAAUACAUUCGCUGGUUGCUAGUGUUUCUUUAUCUACCGAUAUGGAAUCUAGUGGUUUCUACUCAGAUAUAGACGGCAGAAUAUCGAAGAAUCAAGAAGAAAAAUCGUUGGCAGACGUAGAACUACUGCCGCGGGAUGGAAAAGACGAUAUUCACAAAGUGGUGAUAAUAGAAGAAGGCGACUUUAAGAUUCAUGGAAUAUCUCCACUUUCCAGACAAAUUUGUCGGAACGAAGGUUCCGGAGUCGAUACCGAGGAGUUCCGUCCUGUGGGACCAAUAACCAGAGAAAUUAGCCUAGAUCGAAGCACUCCGGAUAUAUCUGGGUUCUCAAAUCAGGAAUUAUCGGAGGUAAUAUACGGAGUAUCCAACCAAGAGAUUUUGGAGGCAGUGUCCGGUGUUUUUAACCAAGAUAUAUCGGAGGUUGCUGAAGGGAAGGAUCCAAAGAAAAGGCCGGAGCAGAUAAAUAAUUCUAAGGACGGGUUAAGAACUGGUCUCAAGGGGUUAAACCAAUCUGACGCAAGAAAAUCCAAUCUCAGAUCUGAGAGGACUGAUCUGGGAAAGGUUAGAGUAGGAGCUUUAGGAGCUAAAGGUGGAGGAGGAGGGGCUGUUGGAGCUGUAAGAGCUAAAGGUGUAGGAGGAGAACUAGCAACCUCCUCAUCAACCAUGUCAACAAAAAGAAAUACAAGUGAGCCUGUAAAAGCUCGAGCAAGUAAACCUGCUGCGAAAAUACGUAAACCUGGAAAGUGGGAUGCAAUCAUGGAUCGAAUAGAACGGAGUAAACAGAGAGAUGGAAAACCUACGUCAGACCAGGCGUUCAAGUCACCAGGAAGCCAAUCAUCAAGGUCAAACUUGUCCAGAGAAGAGAGCAGCAUGAGUUCCAGGACACAGGACAUAUCCUCUCAUAUCAGGACACAGGACUUGUCCCGCACCAGUUCCAGGACGCAUGAUGUAUCCCAUGGCUGCAGGACACAGGAUUUGUCCCCCAUGAGCUCGAGGACACAGGAUUUGUCCUCCUUUGGUUCUAAUGAUAGUCUUCAUGAUAGGAUACUACUAAUGGAAGAUACAGCUGGUAGUCUUAGUGGACAGGACUUCAGUCCCAGAAGUAGUGUGACUGGAUCUCCUAAACGUAAGCUUGGUAAACUGCAGAACAAGGAGAACAUGGAGGAUAGGAAGCGACCUGUUACUGCAGACGGACCUCCUCCUGGUCGUAGACAGGUUUUCCGGACAAAUAGUACAAGCUCCCAGCCGCCGGUCAGAUCAAAUAUUACCAAGAAUGAGAACUCAGUUCUAUCCCCGAAGAAUAUGUUAAGUCCGUCAAGUGAGAAAAGUGUGUUUAUAAAACGUUUACCUCCAUCAAGUAAACAAGGUUCCCCUUGUCCAGGACUGGCGGAUAGAACAAGAUCAGGCAGUAAUACCAGCACAAUAUCAAGAGUGUCUGUGAGUAGCCGUGUGUCAGCUGAGAGCAAGCGAAGUGUAACUAGCGGUCGAUCUACAGUAACCUCAGCCCCGCAAAGGAAAACUACCCUGACAAGAACAGGUCCGAAAGUGUCAACAACAAACAAACCAGUUCAAACAAACAAACCGGUUCCACCACCAACAACAAUAACAACAACAGUAGCUGGAUCUAAGAGCAGAGUGGCAGAAAACAACAGAAAGAAUUCCCGAGUUUCUAAACCUUCUAAAGAUGUCCAUGUAUCUGGGGAUCAGCCUGAUCUUCUCAAGGAAACAGUCAGAAAAGGAACUAGAAAGAACAGUGAAGCUACUGAAGCUAUUAAACAGGCAGCAAGUUUUGAACCCGUAUUUUCUAUAUAUCCAAACGUUAAAUAA